CGCGUGAUCUGGCAACACCUUAACAAUCAUUCUUGUUGCAAAACAUUCUGAACAAUUUCUAAAGAAAUUUCGAAAUAUCCGUUUCAAAGUGGGGUAAAAGGUUAGGAAAACAGAGAAAAUGAGCAAAGCCAUACCAGACAGAUGGUUGAACUACAAACCGAUUGGAGAUCGUGUUCCUGGCACUCGCUUCAUAGCAUUCAAGGUGCCGCUGAAUCAGCAUGUCAACGCCAGAGUGAAUGAGAAUCUCCGCCUGGCGCCCGAAUCCCUUCUGCAGUCCGUCCCCGAUCUGGGUCUCAUCAUCGAUCUGACCAACACGAAUCGAUACUACCAGCCAAGUGCCCUAACCGACCACGAUGUGCGUCACCAGAAGCUGAUGAUCCCCGGGAAGCAGACGCCUUCGCGGGAUCUAGCCGAAAAAUUCUGUGGUUUCGUGGCAGACUUCCUUGAGAGCAACGCGGAUAAUGACAAACUAAUUGGAGUCCAUUGCACACACGGAGUAAAUCGCACUGGUUACCUGAUCUGCUACUUCAUGAUCUCCGUGUUGAACAAGUCCCCUGAGGAGGCGAUAAAAACCUUUUCUUCGGCCCGCGGUCAUAAAAUCGAACGCGACAAUUACGUGAGCUCCCUAAUGACACUCCCGAAUCAACAGACCAACAGGCAGCGUUCUUCCACGGAGAGAUCUUCCGCGAAUCGCAGUAAAAAGGACCAUAGCAAUAGGUAUGGCUAUAGCAGCAAACCAGAAGAUUGGCGUCAGCCAGUUAGACAUUACCCAGGGGAUGAAGAUGUGCAUUACAAAUCCAAACACAGAGACUUGAAAGCCUCCACAUAUGGUCGCUGGAAACAGGAACCCUAUCAGGACCCCCACGACCAUCCAAGAGGCAGCCGCUGGAGCCAACAUACUUAUUUCCGCAGCUAUGGAAGGGAUCAAGAGGAAUGGCAGGAUAGGACUCAAGGGUACCAAUCACGAGAACGCAAUGAGCAGAGCUGGAGACGCUAUCACCAGUACCAAAGGGACUAUCCGAGCAGAAACUACAGCAGCAGAAACUUCAGGGAAAGAAACUUCAGCGAAAGAAACUACAGCGAAAGAAACUACAGCAAUCAGGAGUAGCCGCUUAGUUCCGUUUAAUAUUUUAAAUUUACAGAAAACCCCCACUUGAUAGUAAUAAAUUUCCAACGGUGUGAUGAGCGAA